GGGGCCUGGGCCCAGCGGGCGCCGAGGCGCGGGCCCGGGCGGGGCUGCUGCGGGUCUGGGGGCCGCCGCGCCCCCUCCCGGCCCGCCGAGCCGCAGGCCCCUCCUCCGCCCGCCGCCCCCACGCCCGCCGGCGCCGCCCGACACCGACCCGCCGCCGCUUACCCGCAGGAGCAGCCCGAGCCGGCGGGGGAGAGCCUCGGGCGCGGCCUCCCCGGCUCAGCACCGCGGACAGCACCGCGCGGCCCCGCAGCCCCCCGCGCCCGGGCUCGCCCCAGCACCGCGGACAGCGCCGGGCCCCGCCGCGCCGCGCUCCCGGAUCAUGGCCACCGAGGUGCACAAUCUGCAGGAGCUGCGGCGCAGUGCUUCCCUGGCCACCAAGGUCUUCAUCCAGAGAGACUACAGCGAUGGGACCAUCUGCCAGUUCCAGACCAAAUUCCCCCCUGAGCUGGACAGUCGGAUUGAGCGGCAGCUCUUCGAGGAGACAGUGAAGACCCUCAACAGCUUCUACUCGGAGGCGGAGAAGAUCGGGGGAAGCUCCUACCUAGAGGGCUGCCUGGCCUGUGCCACCGCCUACUUCAUCUUCCUCUGCAUGGAGACCCACUACGAGAAGGUGCUUAAGAAGAUCUCCCGCUAUAUCCAGGAGCAGAACGAGAAGAUCUUCGCCCCACGUGGCCUCCUGCUCACCGACCCAGUGGAGCGUGGCAUGAGGGUUAUCGAGAUCUCCAUCUACGAGGACCGGUGCAGCAGCGGCAGCUCCAGCAGCGGCAGCAGCAGCGGCAGCGGCCUGAGCAGCGGCGGGGGCGGCGGGGCCGGGGCGCGGUGACUGGCCGAGAGCCCCUGCGGGGAGGUGUACGGCCGCGCCGACGGCCUGGCAGACCUGCGGAGGCUGCGCUACCAGAGCACCCGCUUCUGAGUCACUCUGUACCCCGCCCCCCGCCGCCCCUCUGCGGCCCCGGGAGGGGGCGGAGUGACCGGCCGGGGCGCCCCCGCAGCCCGGGCCGCUCCCUGCCUGCCCACCGCGGGGCCGGGGUUCAGGGAGCCCGGCACGGCACGGGGAGAGCCCGAUUCGAACAGCCCGGUUCUGGGAAUUCCUGUCCUGCAUGACGCCGCCUCCCGCCCGACUCCACCACCCGCUCCACCUACCCCCAGGGCCCCACGCCAGUCCAGGGGCAGCGCCUCCCUCCCGCGCCCCGCCCCGCCGGGCCUGGGCCUCUUGGUAAUCCCCCUGAGAGGUCGGAGACAGGCCGCCAAUGAGUCCCGCAGCGCCCACCAAUCUCUUUUGGACUUGCACUUCCCUUUGUCUCCCCACCCACAACCCCAACCCCUGUAGUGAGUACACACUCCCUCUGGAGACUGCAUCCACCAGGAACUAGGGAAACGCUUCCUGAAGAUAGGUAAUGUUGGGGGUUGGGGACUUCUAGAACCAAGGCCAGUUUCUGGGAUCAGAACCCAUACGGUGAGAGAUGCGGGCCUGUUGGCCUAGUGUGUGAGCUUGUGUGCUUGCAGAAUCCCUGGGCUGCGGCUUCCUGUCUGCCCAUCUCUGCAUUCCUGUGUGGGCCAGUCUGUACCCCUGUAAAUCAAGGUCCCCAUUCCCCGACGCCCUUCCAGGGGGCUGCCAGCUUGGGUCUCACACCUUCUGACUCUACUGUCUAUCUUGAAGCUGGGGUCCUACUCGGGCAGCGUGCCCCACCUGGGGCCUUCCCUGUCCCUCUCCCCAUACCCUCUGACAGUACUGCAGGGGCACCCAUACUGCAGACAAGGCCUGCCUGGGCUCUGGGAUGGGGACUCUCAGGCUAGGAGCGCGGGCUGGGCUCCCAGGGUCAGUCCAAGAAAGCAGACAGGAAAAAGGCUCGCUUCUUUCUGGAACGGAACAAGGGUCACCGGGCCAAUGAGGCCUGGCCGCUGAGGCCCAGGGCCCAGGGGACAGACGUGGGCCGACCUGUGGGUGUUCUGAAGAUGGCCAGAAGGAGGCUGCCUGCCUGAGCUGUCUGGAUAUGGAAGUUUGGUGACUGCACAGAACUUUCUGGAACCAAAGAGGAGCCGUGAGAAGAAGAGGUGCACCCAGAGAUCUGAAUGUGCGCGUGUGUGUGUGUGUGUGUGUGUGUGUGUGUGUGUCUAGGCCCAGCCCCUGAGCCCAAGGACCCCUCAGGACAGCUGUAGCCUGCUGAGCUCCACUACAGCCCCCCGCAUACCUGGACUCACUCUGUGGCCAUCCGCCCCUCUCUCAGCCCCCAUGUGGCUGGGCCUGGGCGACAAGGUGCCCUUUUUUGGUCUGUGACUUCUUUUUCCAAUAAAAGGAACGUACAUA